ACCAUAAACUCGUAGAUAUCACACGUUAGCGCGCUUUCUCUCUCACACACACAAAAUCUGAAAUUCAAUUUUGAUCAGAAGCUUUAAUGGAGCUUCGGUCAGUUCAGUCGCCGGUCGUUAGUAGCAUACCUGCAAAAGGCUUUACAGAAUCGCAGCAAUUCAUAUGCUACCGCCAACUUAUCAAAUCGUUCGGAACGAAGAGAAUUGUUCAGUCAAAUGCUAUCAAGCUCAAACCUGUUCGAUUCAAGGUUCAAGCCGCAGGUGCAACAACAACUGGUUUGCAACCAACUGAAACAAAAACAAAAGAUGGUGAAGAAGACGGAAAUCUCAUCUUUGUUGCAGGAGCAACUGGCAAAGUUGGUUCACGAACAGUAAGGGAGCUUCUGAAACUAGGAUUUAAUGUUCGAGCUGGUGUCCGAAGCAUUCAAAGAGCAGAAUCUUUGGUCAAAAGUGUGAAGCAAAUGAAGCUUGAUGAAGCAUUAUCUGAUGGAACUCAGCCUAUAGAAAAGCUUCAACUUGUGGAGUGUGAUUUGGAGAAACCAGAACAGAUAAAGUCUGCAUUGGGAAAAGCUUCAACAGUUAUAUGCUGCAUUGGUGCUAGUGAAAAGGAGGUAUUUGAUGUUACUGGACCUUACAGAAUCGACUUUCAAGCCACAAAAAACCUUAUUGAUGCAGCUACUGCUGCAAAAGCAAAACACUUUAUUUUGGUUACUUCUUUGGGAACAAACAAGUUUGGAUUUCCAGCUGCUAUAUUGAAUUUAUUCUGGGGAGUUUUAUGCUGGAAAAGAAAGGCUGAAGAAGCACUUCUUGCUAGUGGGAUUCCUUACACUAUAGUGAGACCUGGUGGAAUGGAACGCCCUACAGAUUCCUUCAAGGAAACACAUAAUCUUACACUCUCUCUUGAAGAUACUUUAUUCGGUGGAUUAGUAUCAAAUCUUCAGGUGGCUGAACUCCUUGCAUUUAUGGCAAGAAACCCAAGUCUCUCAUAUUGUAAAGUAGUGGAAGUGGUUGCAGAAACAACUGCACCAUUGACUCCCAUGGCUGACCUCCUUACAAAAAUACCACCUCAACGUGCUAUACCUUACAAACCAAAGGAGCCAGAAGCUGUUAAAGUGUCUGAACCUGUUAAGAGCACGAGUUCUGAGAGUUCAAGUGUUGUCAUUGAGUCAAAAACAGCUCCACCAAGGCCACUCUCCCCAUAUACAGCUUAUGAAGGUUUGAAACCCCCGGUAUCCCCAAUUCCAACGCCACCUGGCGGCAGUAAGGUGGUGGUAGAAGCAGUAACAACCACUACUCCUCCCACUGACACUGAAACCACCACAAAAGUGGAAACCAUAGCUAUUACAGACGAACCUACAACACAAGUGGCUGUAGAAGUGCCAAAAACCAGGCCUCUCUCUCCUUAUGCUGCUUACGAGAAUUUGAAGCCACCAACCUCUCCAACCCCAACACCAAGCGGAUCCAAACAAACACCAUCUUCUUCCUCUCCACCACCAGAAGUUGCAGCAGAAUCCACUGUCGUUUUCACCUUUGAAAACAUUGAAGUCAAAGAGGAUCCUCCUCAAACUUUGACUUCUGGAAAUUCACCUUACCUUGUAUAUGACAAUCUGAAACCCCCUACAUCACCGUCACCAUCUUCAAGCCCCCCAUUGGUGUCUCCACCAACAACUGCGGUAUCUCCACCACCAGCUGCCGCCACAGACAACGGGUCUCCGGUUGCUUCGUCUCCAGAAAACACCUCUGAUGUCACAAUGGUGAAGCCAAGGCCACUUUCGCCUUAUGCUAUGUAUGAAAGCUUAAAGCCUCCAACUUCUCCAAUUCCUUCCACCCCUCAGUAAAAGUAUAUAUAUGUAUAGUAGAUCCGGAAUGUAAAAGAGCUUUGAGGCAUGUCUAGGCAAACCAUCGAAUUUCACCCCAUUCUUUUUUAAAUUGUAAUAUUGAAAUCGGUUCCAAUAUGAUCAAAGUCUGAAACUAUACAAUUGUUACAUUCACUAAGUUAUAAUUUGUGUGUAAUUUCAUCACAAAGUUAAAGAUAAAA